AUGGACCCCUCCAAGACGGGCACCAAGGGCCUUUCGGGCUUCGCUACCGACUUCCUGAUGGGUGGUGUCUCCGCCGCCGUCUCCAAGACGGCUGCUGCCCCCAUUGAGCGAGUCAAGCUCCUGAUCCAGAACCAGGACGAGAUGAUCAAGCAGGGCCGCCUCGCUUCGCCUUACAAGGGCAUCGGCGACUGCUUUGCCCGCACCUACCAGCAGGAGGGCCUCGUCUCCCUCUGGCGUGGUAACACGGCCAACGUCGUCCGUUACUUCCCCACCCAGGCCCUGAACUUCGCCUUCAAGGACUUCUUCAAGUCGCUCUUCAAGGUCCCCAAGUCUGACCCUUACAUCAAGCAGCUCGGUGCUAACCUUGCCUCGGGUGGUGCUGCCGGUGCCUCGUCGCUCCUCUUCGUCUACUCGCUCGACUACGCCCGUACUCGUCUCGCCAACGACGCCAAGUCUGCUGCCAAGGGCGGCGGUGAGCGCCAGUUCAACGGUCUCGUUGACGUCUACCGCAAGACGCUCGCCUCGGACGGUAUCGCUGGUCUCUACCGUGGCUUCGUUCCCUCGGUCGUCGGUAUCGUUGUCUACCGCGGUCUCUACUUCGGCAUGUACGACUCGCUCAAGCCCGUCCUCCUCACUGGUGCUCUCGAGGGCCAGUUCUGGGCUUCGUUCCUCCUCGGCUGGGCUGUCACGACUGGUGCUGGUCUCGCUUCGUACCCUCUCGACUCGAUCCGUCGUCGUAUGAUGAUGACCUCGGGCUCCAAGACGCACUACAGGAACAUGCUCCACGCCGCCCAGUCCAUCGUUGCCACCGAGGGCACCAAGUCGCUCUUCAAGGGUGCUGGUGCCAACAUUCUCCGUGGUAUCGCCGGUGCCGGUGUCCUUUCCGGAUACGACAAGCUCCAGGAGCUCCUCUUCGGCAAGGUCUACAAGGGUGGCUCUGGUUAA